CCCCCUCCCUCUGCAGCUUCCUGCAGUUGGCGCGAUCCGGGCCCUGGGCUGUGGGCGCCCGGGCGCCUGAGGCUUCCCGGUGCGCUCGGCCAGGAUGGCAUUAGGUCUGUGUCUGCAGGUGCUGUGCAGCCUGGGUGGCUGGCUCUCACUCUAUACAUCUUUCUGCCGCCUGAAUAAGCACCGAAGCUAUGAGUGGAGCUGCCGGCUGGUGACCUUCACUCACGGAGUCCUCUCUAUAGGCCUGUCUGCUUACAUCGGCUUCAUUGAUGGCCCUUGGCCUUUUACCCAUCCAGGCUCACCGAACACACCUCUCCAAGUUCACAUUCUGUGUCUUACUUUGGGCUACUUCAUCUUCGACUUAGGCUGGUGCAUCUAUUUCCAGUCUGAGGGUGCCCUGAUGCUGGCUCACCACACAUUGAGCAUCUUGGGGAUCAUCAUGGCCCUAGCGCUUGGGGAGUCGGGCACAGAGGUCAACGCGGUCCUCUUUGGAAGUGAGAUCACCAACCCGUUGCUCCAGAUGCGUUGGUUUCUCCGUGAAACUGGGCACUACCACACUUUCACUGGAGAUGUGGUAGACUUCCUUUUUGUAGCUCUGUUCACUGGUGUGAGGAUUGGUGUAGGUGCUCACCUCCUUUUCUGUGAAAUGGUCUCACCCACACCCAAGUGGUUUGUGAAGGUUGGGGGAAUAGCAAUGUAUGCUGUGUCUUGGUGCUUUAUGGUUAGCAUCUGGCGCUUUGCAUGGAAGAAAAGCAUCAAGAAGUACCAUGCAUGGAGAAGCAGGAGGAAUGAGGAGCGACAGCUAAGACAUAAUGGGCAUCUCAAGGCACUCUAGCCAAGGCUUGCACCUGGUAAAUGGACUGGUUUGAAUUGGCCAUGGAACCAGGGUCAGAAACAGAACUGAGCUUAUAGUGCUCAAGAGCUAUAAGGUACUUAGGUUUUGAAAAAAGGGCUAAAUGUAUCCAUCUCUUUAGUCAGUUUCCAAACUAAGCAUAUGCAGUAUUGAAACACUCACUCCUACAGUGGCACUUGUGCAUCCUCAGUGGCAACUGGCAAGUGGCUUUGUAUAGGGAGGACCAUUGCCACUUGUUUUAGGGUCCCCGUAUUCAUGGGAGGUCUGAUAGAUUUUCAGCCAGCUUUGAAAAGAACUUGAAUCAAAUCAGUGCUGUCUCUUGUUCCUUUGGAAAUAACUCCUGAGUUCCUGUAGACAUUUUAAAUAUGUUCAGCCCACGUGCUAUAAAGGAAGGGACUUGCAGGAAGGGGCAUGGAUUUGACAUUCAAGCAUCUGUGAAUGGGAUCUGUUGUGCAGAGGGACAGAAGGAUGGGAGUGAAACUAGCAAUGGCAGGGACUGCCCAUUGAGCCUCCCUACUCUGACUGUGUCAGAGGUUCCCAAGGACACUCUUGGGUUCCAUGAUUCAUCAGGAAGACUCAGGGCUUAGCAUAUAGUCUCACGGCUUUGAUUUAUGACAAUGAAAGGAUACAGGGAAGACUCAGCAAAAGGAAAAGGAAGCCUAUGGGAUCUAAGUAUGAGUUUUAUUUGGAUAUAUAGGAGUGAUUCAUGAUAACACACAUAAAAGUCAUCAAAGACUUGGUACCUAGAGCUUUUACUGGCAAUAGGUCAUGUAGGCAUCUACUGAGCCACAAGGCAAAAUUUAUGAUUCUCCACAGCAGGCAUUCGGCAUAAGCCAUAUUGUUUCAGAAACAGUCUGGGAGUAGUGAGCCAAUCUUAACAGUUUCAGGUGGGAGACCUCCCUAAGUUGCAGUUUGUAGGUGCCAGCCAAGGGCCAACAUGGAAGCAGGCCUUUGCAAGGAUAACAAGCAGUUUAGGCUUGCUAUGUUAACUCUUGUGUGCACAAAAAAACA